UACACUAUUUUAGCACCCCCCAAACAUACACAAUGCAAACAACAGUGGCAUCAGAAUACUCUAAUGAGAUCCAUUCGGUCCCAAUCGAGCACAGAUUCAAUCCAUAUUCCGACAAUGGGGGUACCGUGUUAGGUAUCGCCGGAGAAGAUUUUGCCGUUUUGGCAGGAGACACAAGACAAGUAGAAGGAUAUUCCAUCCAAUCGCGGUACGAGCCCAAGAUCUUUGACGUGGGUGACAAUAUUGUCAUGACUGCCAAUGGGUUUGCUGCCGACGGAGUAGCAUUGAUAGACAAAUUCCGUCAACAAUUGAAGUGGUACAAGUUUGACAAUUUUGGGGGAAAGUUGGAAAUAAAAAGUGCAGCCAGAUAUAUUCAACAUUUGUUAUAUGGCAAGCGAUUCUUUCCUUACUACGUGAGUACUUUGAUUGCUGGAUUAGAUGAAGAAGGUAAGGGAGCGGUAUAUUCAUAUGACCCUGUCGGUUCGUAUGAACGAGAACAAUGUAGGGCUGGUGGGGCUGCCGCCAGUUUAAUAAUGCCGUUCUUGGAUAAUCAAGUCAAUUUCAAGAAUCAGUUUAUCCCAGGAACCGACGGAAAGGAAAAGAAACCAUUAAAGUAUUUAACGUUGGAAGAAGUUAUCGAAUUGGUUAGAGAUGCAUUCUCUUCCGCUACUGAAAGACACAUUUAUGUUGGUGAUGGAUUAGAAAUUAAAAUUGUUACUAAGGAUGGAGUAAGAACUGAGUACUAUCCAUUGAAGAGGGAUUAGAUUAGUCGGUAUAGAAAUACACACAGCACCCUUUAUUAAAAAAAAAUAAAAGUCUAUACACUUAAACAGGUAACUCAAACUUCUUUCCCUUCAUAACCUUGGUGUAAUAAAUGUAAAAGAAAUCAGAGUAGAUAGCCGUUUGUAAAAGACCAGUCAAUACAGAAACAUAAUCGAAGUGAUCUUCAACGUAAUAUCUGUAAAUCCAAUUGGGAAUGUACAAAGCACGAUAGAUCCCCAAGGCAAAGAUAUAAUGACUGGUAAUAUUUUCAGCCUCUCCAGUACGUUGCAAAAUGAACAAUUGUGGUAAAAUAGCUACGGCUUCUAACCAAAGUGAAAAUGACCACAAUAUUUCCAUAGGGGUGUAUUUAUGGGUGAAAAUCACGGCCGCCACUGCUGAAGGCCCCACGAGAUACUUGAUUGGAAAUGUGUCAAUGUCGGCCUUGAUGGUCUUUUGGUAUUUGUAAACCAUAACGUAGACGGUGUAUAAUGACGAUCCGAUGAAAAAAACUUUCAAUAUGGAGUUAUAAAGGGAAAAGAACUUGGUGAACAAGUUCAAGUAUCUUGUAAAGUAAACAAGAACAUAUAAUACUUGGGUUUUUAACGACAACCCAUUGAUGGAUUUGUUGGUUUCAAUGGCAUAAAGCAAUAUGAAUAUACUGGCCAAAUGGGAAAGGUCUCCAAAGAAUCGAAAGAUAUUCAUGGUGUUGGAUAUGUGCUAUGUUAUGUUAUGUAGAUCUAUAAACUUGUUUAGGUGUUGUAUUGCUGAUUUUUUUUCCGUUCUAGACACCUCAGACGUUUUUCUGGGACGGACAAUUUUUGCUGGUAUGUGCUAUAUACAGGAAACAGACACCGCCGUCAAGCCACGAAACAGCCACAAUCAAGGGUAUUAUAAUUCAAUUUGCUGUAACAAGAUUUGGUAUUGUUCUUCUUCCAGGAGGUUUCCGUCACUAACAUCACUUUGCUUAAGGUUCAUUCCUUUUCUUUGGAAUAAAUGCCCCUGGUAUUCGAGAUAUUGCAAGUUAAAGUUAUGUAACUCGUCGGUAUUCUUAAACCAUGGUAGCUUGUCCUGGCCAGUGAUGAACAGUACUAUCUCUUUGUCGUCCAAUUUGGGUUUGAUUUGAUGAGAAGUGGUGUGGUAUGUUUGAAAUUGUCCAUUUUUAACAUUAAAGUACAUCAUACUGGGGAAAGUGUUGAUUUCAUAGCGUGCGAAAAUGUCUGAAUCGGUGAAUUUUUCAAUGUCAACCAAGGCGAAAUCGGUAGUUCUAGCAUAUGAUGAUUGUGCUGUUUCUUGAUAAAAAUGGGCUGGAUAUUCCCAGUCUCUCCAUUCGGGGAUGUAUCCACCAGUAAACACCACCAAUUUGUUCUUUUUGUUUUUUGUUUGGACAAAUUUGUCAAAUUCCGUCAGAUUUGUAAUCGUCUUUAUGGGAGACACGAAAUUGUCAUAGUUGGGCUUGACAUUGGCCUUUGCUUCUAAAAACUCAAUCAAGGUGGUCAAAUCUCUGUUUGCAUCAUAAGUGAAUAUCUCCUUGGUUUUGUAUUCAAGUAGUUUUAAUGUAGGAUAGUGUUGCACCUUGAACAACUCGCUUAACCGUUUAUUCUUUCUUGCGUUCGUCUUGAUCACUUGGAACGCGUCCGGCUUACUGAUAUUGUUAAACAAUACACUCAAGUUGUCAAAUACGGGAUUGAACUUGGCACAGUAUUUACAUGUAUCUGAGUAAAAGUAAAUAAAUGAAAACUCGGAUCUUUCCAAUGUAGGUACAAUUGACCCAUCGUCAAACUCAAUAAUAAAAUCACUAACCUGGCCACUUACGGAGUGAACGGUUAAAUUCCAUAAUAGCAAACAAAGAAGAAAGAAAUGCAUGCCAAAAACCUUAAAUAAUAUCGUAAGUCACAAACACGUUGUCGUAUUCUUUGUUGAAACAAAGUAGGCUCCAGUACUUAGACUCCAAAUUUACUG